AUGCACCGCACAUACUCGAUGCGCCAAUCGCGCGCGCCCACAGCUUCUCAGAUCGAGAACCCUCCACCACCGCCUUCAUCCACCAAGAGCAGCCGGCUGUUUGGCCGAUCGCCUUUCGGCCAUGCGUUGCGAAAGUCGACUGCGGGAGCCUUCGGGCCAGAGCUGGCGAAGAAGCUCUCGCAGCUCGUUAAGAUGGAGAAGAACGUCAUGCGCAGCAUGGAGGUGGUGGCACGAGAACGGAUGGAAGUCGCUCAACAACUCUCCCUGUGGGGCGAAAGCUGCGACGAGGAUGUGAGCGAUGUGACCGACAAACUCGGGGUCCUCAUCUACGAGAUUGGUGAAUUGGAAGAUCAAUUUGUCGACCGUUACGAUCAAUACCGCGUCACGAUCAAGUCCAUCCGCAACAUCGAAGCCUCCGUCCAGCCCUCUCGUGAUCGCAAGCAGAAGAUUACCGACCAGAUCGCCCAGCUGAAGUAUAAGGAGCCCAACAGCCCUCGGAUCGUGGUCCUCGAGCAGGAACUUGUCCGCGCUGAGGCCGAGUCGCUUGUGGCCGAAGCUCAAUUGUCCAACAUCACUCGAGAGAAGCUCAAGGCUGCGUUCAACUACCAAUUCGACGCGGUGCGCGAACAUUGUGAGAAGACGGCCAUCAUCGCCGGAUACGGGAAGCACUUGCUUGAGUUGAUCGACGACACUCCGGUCACUCCUGGUGAGACUCGAGAAGCCUAUGAUGGAUACGAGGCUUCCAAAGCUAUCAUUCAAGACUGCGAAGACGCCCUGACCAACUGGGUGUCGUCCAAGGCCCAGGUUCAUGCUAGCUUGUCCACCCGUGCGCGCACCCUGAGCCAAAGACGAAAGUCCAACGCCGCUAAGCGAGAGGGUGUUGACUUGAGCGGGCAAGACCAGCCACUCAAGAGCGACCGUGACAGCUGGGUGCCUGCGGACCAGCACGGCGAGUAUGAGCAAGAAGACGAAGAGGAGGAGGAGGAAGAAGAGGAAGAAGCUCCUGCUGGAACCAAUGGUAAGUUGUGGCACCGGAUACGCUGA